UAUCAAACUGUCAAAAAUUGUGCCGGCUAAGAUAAACAAUUAGAAAAUCAGAGCCAAGUUUUACUCGAAGAAUUUGUCGUAAAAUAAAACCGAAAGCAAAAUGAUAGUUUCCAUGAUACUGCCGUUGAUAACGUUGAUACUGUCGAUGACGAUAGUCUUGCACAGAAUUGAAGAAGGACAUGUCGGCGUUUAUUUUCGUGCCGGUGCCCUUUUGCCAGUGACCAGUAAACCGGGUAUCCAUUUACUAACACCAUUCUUGACCUCAUACCGUUCUAUUCAGGUUACCCUUCAAACCGACGAAAUUACGAAUGUUCCCUGUGGCACUUCGGGUGGAGUUAUGAUUUAUUUCGAUCGAAUCGAAGUCGUUAACAUAUUGAGAGCGGAUAGUGUCCUAGAUAUCGUUCGCAACUACACAGCUGAUUAUGACCGUUCGCUUAUUUUCGACAAAAUUCAUCAUGAAUUAAAUCAGUUUUGCAGUCGUCAUACGUUGCAUGAAGUGUACAUUGCUCUGUUUGAUCGGAUCGAUGAGGAUUUGAAAGUUGCCUUACAAACGGAUUUAAAUGAAAUGGCUCCCGGUUUGAAGAUACUAAACGUUCGCGUAACAAAACCGAAAAUUCCGAAUGUCAUAGCGAAGAACUACGAACUCAUGGAAUCCGAGAAGACUCAGCUGCUGAUUUCAAUCGAACAUCAACGUGUCGUUGAGAAAAAUGCAGAAACUGAACGAAAGAAGGCCAUCAUCGAAGCGGAAAAACAGUCGCAAGUGUCAAAGAUCCAGUACGACCAGAAAAUCAUGGAAAAGGAAUCGGUUCAACGGAUGGAACAGAUCGAAAACCAAAUACAAAGCGAUCGGUAUCGGAGCCAGGCGGAUAGUGAAUUGUACAUUGCACAGCAGAAGGCCAUUGCGAAUCAGGAUCUUCUCACUCCCCAAUAUCUGGAGCUUAAGAAGUACGAGGCGAUUGCUUUGAAUAACAAAAUUUAUUUCGGCGAAAAAAUUCCCAACAUGUUCGUUAACAAUGGAUUUAGUCAAGCGGACGAAAAGGAAACGUUCACAUAGAUCAAAAACUAGAAAUUAAUAAAACCAAGCGGCUGUUACACUGUGUUAAUAUUAAGUGCCAUUUCUUUAUCGGGCAAUAUUGUGUUCCUAUGGACCUAGUCUUAGAUGCUUUGUGGAAAAUAAAUUUAAAAGCGGUUUAAUCUACCAAUUUACCCAGGGAGACCA